AUGGCAAACUCCAACACCAGAAGAAACCCUCCAGCGGUUCCCUCAUCAACAGGCGCCAAUUCAAUAGCCAAAGUCCAGUACCCAAAGGAACUCAUCAGCUCGUACGGCGCAGCGUGCGAGUCCAACCCGGAUUUGCGAACCUUCGAUGCUAACCUCCAAGUGAGGACGAACCAAGUCCUCAGCACUCUUGCUUCCGGGGUUGAUGUCCAAGCUCUCUCACUGGAUUCUCUGAAAGAGAUAACGGAGUGCCUCUUGGAGAUGAACCAGGAAGUGGUCAAGGUCAUCUUGGAUAGCAAGAAAGACAUCUGGAGAAAUCAAGAGCUGUUCGAGCUUGUUGAGUGCUACUUCAAGGAUAGCUUGCACACCCUCGGUUUCUGUGCUGCCCUUGAGAAUUGCUUGAAGCCUGCGCGCGAUGCCCAUUUGCUGUUUAUCGCUUCGCUUCAUUGCUUCAAAGAAGAAGAUGGGGAGGGGUGUUGCAGGUACAUGUAUCUCACUUCUCAAGGAACUUCAUUUCGAGCACACGCAUCCUAG